GCGGCCACUCUGAAGCCUGAGCGGGCGCUGACGUCAGGGUUACGCUUGCCCCGCCCCCUCUUCGCCAGCAGCCAAUGAGAACGCGGAGGCCGCCGCUUUGAAAGGCAGCGGGAGGAGGAGGCGGCCAUUUUGUGGGGCAAGAAGAGGCACCAUGGCUGAAAUAUUUUCAAAGAAUAUGUCUCUGUACGAGCAAGAUAUGUCUCCAACAAUCACCAGCCCCUUACUAAGUUCCAAUGAUGCCAAAGAACAACUCUUAGAAGAAUGUGAAGAAAUAUGGAAACAAAUGGAAGAGUGUCAGAACAAAUUAGCACUUCAAGAAUCGGAAACUCUUGGUUCAGAUCCCAAGCUUUCAUUGUUAAUGAAACGUUUGAAGGCUCUAACAGCAGAGUUUAACCAGUGGCAAAAGAGAAAACCAGAAGUAAUUACUACAAAUCCAAAGAUUCUGGUAGCCUUAGGAAGAGACCAGUUGCAGAAAUUAGACCAUGAUCUUGAAAUGGUGCUCUCAACAGUCCAGGCAAAGAAUAAAAAACUGAAGCAAGAGUUGCUGAGGGAACAACAGUGGUUGGAAGAACAGCAGCAGCUGAUAGCCUGUCUCAAUCAAACUAAGGAAGAAGUCAGCAAUCAAGUUGUACACUUUUCUGAGAAAAGAGCAUUUCAAGAACUAAAAACGAAAAUGUUGAAAAUAAAAGCCUUUAAGGAAGAGAUCCUGAAGGCCCUGGGAGAAUUCCUUGAAGAACACUUCCCUCUCCCUGAGAAUGGUGGAACUACAAAAAAGAAGAGACAUUCAUCUGAAGAACCACAGGCACAGCUAAUAACAUUACAUGAAAUUUUAGAGAAUCUUAUAAAUAAACAUGUAAACGUACCUCAUGAUCCAUAUAUAACAAUCAAUGCUUCAUUUUGGUCACCUUACAUUGAACUACUUCUGCGAUAUGGGAUUGCAUUAAGACAUCCAGAAGAUCCUAACCGAAUACGCCUAGAAAAUUUUUAUGAUUAGCAAGAUGUAUUAAAACCAAGCCAUCACCUGGUCAGUAAAAUAAAAUAACAAGAAGGGGUAUAAACAUUUUCUUCUUCCUCAGAAAAUAUUAAUUACUGAUGUUUUAUAUCUUUCAUGCAGGUUCUUGACAUUGUUUCUGUAAAGUAAAACUGCAGAACUCAUUUUAGCGUGAGAUUUUAAACUGCUUCUAAUGUUGCUUUUAAUAACUAUUCUGAAAUCUGUUGAGACUGUUAAAAGAUCAGCUCAGAUUAAAGGACUAUUUUAGACCUGUGA